AUGGCGAACAUCUGGGAUCACGUGCUAGAUGCGUCGCUAGAUGGCGUUGGGAGCAUGCUCGAAGACGGUGUCCCCGUAGACUCGAGAAAUAGCCUUGGAGAGACCCCGUUGCAUCUCGCGGCACGACACGGGCUCGAAGAGAUGGCGACGGUCCUGAUUGAUGCCGGCGCAUCUGUUCAUCUCAAAGACUGGGAAUCAGGCUGGACGCCGUUGCACCGGAGCCUCUAUUUCGGCCACAUUCGGCUCUCGCUUCUGCUCUUGCAAGCCGGAGCUCUCCUGGAUGGCGGGAGAGAUCAACCAGACCGAGACUACCGGCAGAAGCAUCGUGCUCGCUCUCGCUCCGAGUCGGUUUCCUCGACAGGAAAAUACCGUAGCGGAACAAGCGCUCGUCGGCGCAUCAACGACGGUCUCGGAGACUUCGAGGGAAAUAGUCCUUUGGAUGUCUUGUCGCUUGAGCUGCGCAAUCAUCUCAAAAUCGCACGCGAGAGUGGUGUCGGGGGCGAUGUGUUCAGCUUUGGUAAGGCAGACUUCACUCUCGGGUAUGAUUCCUUCGGGAGGGCGGACAUCAUACCGCCUAGACGGGUGGAGUCUUUGGCCAACCUCCAUGUCACGCGGGUCGCUGCUUCAAAGCACCAUUCAGCUGCCGUAACCGUGUGCGGGAAACUGUUCACGUGGGGACACGGCAAGAGCGGACGCCUGGGACACGGGAACGAGGAAGUGUGCAUGCUGCCGACUCCGGUAGACGGGCUGGCUCACCAAGCAGUGACGGACGUGUCCGUCGCGGAAACCCAUACCGCUGCGCUUACACGCGAAGGAGAGCUCUACACGUGGGGUCGCGAUAGAUUUGGCCAGCUGGGUCAUGGGUCAGCAGGAUCGAGCGGGAGAUUCGCCCCGAAGCGGGUAGAGGGUUUACGAAAGGUUACCGUGGUCGCCGUUGCGGCAGGUACGGAGCACACAGCGGUCGCCACAAGUUCUGGACAUUGCUACACAUUCGGGCGGAACAACCACGGACAGCUGGGAUUGGCCGGCGUAAAGGAAACGUGCGCACCUCGCGUCGUUUCGUACCUUGCAAGCGGCGCUUCACGGGGCGCAGGCGGAGUGGGAAGACAUGUAAUCAAGGUGUCGGCGUCGGCUCGAAGCACGGUGGUGGUUACUCGCGGGAUUGACAGAGGGUCAGGCCUUCAAACGGUGAAUGAGGUUCACCAGUGGGGGCACGGGAGCCCAGUCCCGAGCCGCGUCAGUUUCAACAGCGCCAAGGAUGCUUCUCCAUCCUCGCGAUGGCAAACACACGAUGCUCGGGUCGAUAUCGUGGACGUGGCCGCCGCACGCUGCCACAACGUCGCGCUCGAUCGAGUAGGGAUGGUGUUCACGUGGGGAUUCGGCGCGGACCACCUAGGUCUUGACCCCAGAGAGACACGCACGGCGCGUGGCCCCCAACUAGUGGCAGCAAUGCUACCAGAAAACUGCGGAGGGAACCCCAUCAGCGUGUCGGCGUCCGAUCAGCAUUCGUGCGUUGUGACCGACACUGGCGAUCUGUUUACGUGGGGAACUUCUGGCGGAGAGGGCGGGGCUCUGGGACACGGAUCGAACCGCUGGCAACCACUUGCCAAGCGGGUGCCUAGCCUCAAAAAGGUAGCAAGGGUAGCGGCUGCCCCCGACCACACCGUGGUCCUCCUGCAGGCAUCCUGCCCUUCCCUACCACACGGCGCCGCGUUUGCCACCGUGGAUGCUCUAUCUAACGAGCAUGAGGAGGGUGGUCAUUCGCUGAUUGAAGAGGAAGGAGAAGACGCAGACUCCGACAUUGACGACGGGGAUGAUGAACGACGUGAUAGUUCUUCGCAUGGUGGAGGGCUUUUCACCACAAACCCUGCCAGAGGGUUUGAGCCGCUUACUCUCAAGCAGUGUUGUGAGGCAAAGUUGGCUCGGGAAGUGGAUUUACACAACGCCGGGGCGAUGCUUGCCUACGCGGAUGCGCUGGAUGCUCCUGCGUUAUUGCUGUAUUGCGCGGAGUACGUGAAGCGGAAUCUCGAUGCUGUGCUGGUGCUGGGGUGCGCUAGUACAACCUCCUGCCUUUUGGAGGCAUCUGGGGAACUGGUGUCCUCUUUGCUGUGCGGUGCGCGAUCACGGGAACCAACAGCUCGAGCAUCUGCUGUGGCCGAGCCUUCUGUUGCUGAUGGCGCAGGGUUCGGUCUGCACGAGGAGGAGGGACUGGACCUCGAGCUGCAAGCGACCGCUCUAGCGCGUGCGGACAUGCGGGCGAAAACCCCAUCCGCGAAGGUGGCUGCGCGAGCUGUGCGCUCUCUCAAGAAAAAAAUUGCUCGCGUAAAAGAAUGGGAACGCAUGAGAGAGAAGGGAAAGGACCUCUCAGCGGACCAGAUGUCGAAGGUGGACCAAAUGGGUCGCAUGGAAGCUGAGCUUACCUCGCUCGAUUCUCAGCUCGAGAGGGCGAAGCUUGCGCAGGCGGCGCGAAGUAGCAGGCUGGAAGCCGGCAGCGCACGCGCAACAGAGGCCAGCCCAAGUAGCAAGACGCCGGAGGUGAAGCGGACUUUGUUCCGCAAUGAGAGUGGUAUGGAUGGUCGUGACAUCCCCGCCCUUGAUCCAGAUCUCGAUGCAACUUCGGCAAGCUCUUUGAAGACGGGUGAAUGGACACCCCAGCUGGACUUGUCUCACGACGAUACGAAGGCAACCGAGAAAAGAACGAUCAACUGCGAGGCGUGUUCGAUCAAAUGCGCUAGCGCUGCCAUGUACGCCGACCAUUUGAGGGGGAGACGGCACAGAGCAACGACACUCCGGCUGGAGCAACAGCUCCACAAAGCGACGAAGGAAUCGCAACCUGAACCCCAGGUUCCUCGUUCAUGGGCAAGCGUUCCCGCUGCGCAAGAUCAUAGUGCGGCUGCAGCUGCAGCCCUCGACGCCGCAGCGAACUGCAACACUGUUCCAACAAAUGCAAAGUUGCCACAUAGGAGCGAGGGGCGGCAGGCAUCUUGCCCCGAAGCCAGUCCAUCUCAUGCCCAUCAAGCUCGCCGUCCAUCCAACCAGCUGCCUCGUGGCAAGGAGCUUAGCACGAUGCGACAUGCCCUGGAAGGUCAGCAACGGGCUGCUACCAUGCUCAUGGGAUCUGCGGGGAAGGAAGAGGCGGCUACUGCAACGCAGGGGAUGAGCUUCUUGCGUAGUACAACGCGCGGAGACUCUCAGCGCCAGCAGUUGCAGCAGCAAGACGCCCCAACUACCGCGGUAUACUCUCUCGUCGAUUUUAUGGCUCCUUCGCAUGGCAAGAAAUCUUCGCGGCGGACGCAGGCUUCAGAGAAGCCGAAGGCUGUUCAUGCGUGGAAGAGCGAAGCGGCGGGGCCAGUCGAACCGAACAGCCCGAGCAGCCCUGCAGAAGCAAAGGAAUUCGAGCCUUUGCGGACUCGAAAGAGCUUUCACGAAAUUCUCGAGGAGGAGGAGCGAGAGAAAUUAGAGCGAGAAGAGUACGGGAAAAAUGCUUGGUUCAUUCCGGGGAAGGGAAAGCCGCGGUCUACGUCGUUCGAGGGCAUUGUACAACAGCAACGCCGGGAGGAAAUGGUGGCAGAGGAAGAGAAGUUGCGGCAGAUGGAGGAGGAGAUGUUGGGGUUGGCGCUCGAGAUGUCGAAGCAGGAGGCGCAACCUACCCCUGCCCAAUCACGCGGCAGCGGAAGCAGGAAGGGGCGAGAAGGCCGCGGUGGAAGGAAGCAGGAGUCCAGGGCGCCGCGUAAGCAUCCUUCGGCGAGAGGUAAGGGUUCCCAACCACUCGGUGGUGUGGAAACAGGAGCUAAGGGUUCCCAACCACUCGGUGGGGAAGAAACAGACCCGCGUGCGCAGAGCGGAAAUGGUCGAAGACGGCGUGCGAAGCGGUCCUCCGCGGUGGAGAACCAAGGGGCCGAGCCGACAGUAGAGUCUUCGGGUUCGCGAUAGUUUGUAUUGUAGCCCCCAUUGCUGGGUAUCCAGAAGCUUGAGGGCGAUAUUCCUCUGUACCACCAGAGAUAAGAGAGAGAGAGAGGGGGGGGGGGGAGGGGGAGGGAGGGAUUCAGAGUUAUUUAUCAAGUGAACGAGAGCCAAGAGAGAUGCAGAGAGUAAGCACGAGACGAGGGAGUCAGGAGAGACGAAGACAGAAGCAAGGGCCUUGUUCUGUAUCGUUUUCGGAGGACCCUGUACAAUUUUGGAACCCAGUUUUAGGAACGGGGAAGCCCUCAAUUUCUUCGAGGCAUGAUGCCUUCUUCGCGAUACUCGGGCCUAGUCAUACUACAGCAGUUGUGCGAAUCAAGUUGUGCGAAUCAAGUUGUGCGAAUCAAUUUGGCGUGAUCUUUAC